GCGUCCUCCUCGUGGCGGGCAUUGUCGCUGGUCUUGGGUCAUUACGCCGGCCCUGGAACUAGAUUGAGGUGUUGGGAACGAGGAAGCACAAGUAGAGGAGCCGUCACCGCGUCAUCUCAGGGGAUCUGAAGGUCCGCGACAGUGGUGACGGCUUUGCCCAGGUCCCCACCGGAUCGUUCGUAGCUCCAGGCCUCGCUCAGCCCACGGAGUCCGAUGGCGGCGGCUGCGCUGAGGGACACGGCUCAGCAGGGUUUUGUGACCUUUGAGGAUGUGGCCAUUUACUUCCACCAGGAAGAGUGGGAGCUCCUUGAUGAGACUCAGAGGCAACUGUACCACGAUGUGAUGCUAGAGAACUUGGCACUCAUAGCAUCCCAAGGAUGUUGGUAUGGAACAGCAGAUGACAAGGCACCUUCUGCACUGAGUCUUUUUGAAGAAUUGUCACAGGGCAGGACUCCAAAGGCAGGUCCAUCCAGCCAUAAAACUCAACCCUGUGAAACCUAUAUCCCAGUCCUGAAGGAUACUGUUGACAUGGAUGAGUUGCAAGCCACAUCCUAUGGACAGAAAUCACACUUGGAUAGGACAUCAAGAGGUUUCUGGUUGAGUGCAAACCUUUACCGGCUCCAGAAGCUUGAUAAUGGAGAGAAAGUCUUAACAAUGGAUGUGGACCAAGCCUCAUUUGAGAAGAACUGCAGAUUUCAUGUGUCAGGGAAGCUCUUCAGCUUUGAGGAGGUUGCAAAAGACUGUUCAGCCACCUCAGGCCGUCUCCAGCAUCAGGCCAUUACCAACAAUGAGAGGCCACAUGGCAGUAGACACUACAGAGUUCCCACUGGAAGAAAGCCUUCCAAGUGUAUUGAAUCUGUGAAAUAUUUUAGUAAGAAAUCUGUGCUUACUCAGCACCAAACUGUUCACACUAGAGAAAAGCCUCAUGAGUGCAGUGAGUGUGGGAAGUCAUUUCACCAGAAAUCUGUUCUCAUUCAACACAAGAAAGUUCACACUGGAGAAAGGCCUUACCAAUGCAGUGAAUGUGGGAAAUGCUUCCGCCGAAGCUCUGCCCUUCUUCAGCAUCUGAGAGUUCACACUGGAGAACGGCCAUAUGAGUGCAAUGAAUGUGGAAAAUCCUUUAGCCACAGCACUAACCUCUAUCGUCACAGGAGAGCCCAUACUAGAGCAAGGCCUUAUGAAUGCAGUGAAUGUGGGAAAUCAUUUAGUUGCAAUACCUACCUCAUUUGCCACCAAAGGUUUCACAGCGGAGAAAGGCCUUAUGAGUGCAGUGAAUGUGGAAAAUCAUUUAGCCAGAAAUCUGUACUCAUUCAACACCAGAGAGUUCACACUGGAGAAAGGCCUUAUGAGUGCAGUGAAUGCGGAAAAUUUUUUAGCCAUAGCUCUGGCCUCUUUCUACACAGGAGAGCUCACACUAGAGCAAGGCCUUAUGAGUGCAGUGAAUGUGGGAAGUCAUUUAGUUGCAAAACUGUCCUCAUUCGACACCAGACAGUUCAUAAUGGUGUAAGGCCUUAUGAGUGUAAUGAAUGUGGGAAAUCUUAUCGCCAGAAAUCUGUCCUCAUUCAACACCAGACAGUUCACACUAGACAGAGGCCUUAUGAGUGUAGUGAAUGUGGGAAAUCCUAUAGCCAAAGCUCUGCCCUUCUUCAGCAUCUGAGAGUUCACACUGGAGAAAGGCCGUAUGAGUGCAGUGAAUGUGGGAAAUCUUUUACCCGCAAAAACUACCUCAUUGAACAUAAGACUGUUCACACUGGGGAAAGACCUUAUGAGUGCAGUGAGUGCGGCAAAUCUUUUCGCCAGAUAUCUGCCCUCAUUCGACAUCAGAGAGUUCACACUGGAGAAAGGCCUUAUGGCUGCAGUGAAUGUGGAAAAUCCUUUUGCCAGUUAUCUGUCCUCCUUCGACAUCAAAGAGUUCACACUGGAGAAAGGCCUUAUGGCUGCAGUGAAUGUGGAAAAUCUUUUAUUUACAAAUCUCACCUAAUGCGACACCAUACAGUUCACACUAAUGAAAGAUCUUAUGAGUGCAGUGAAUGUGGGAGAUCCUUUAGCCAAAGCUCUGCCCUCCUUCUGCAUCUGGGAGUUCACACUGGAGAAAGGCCAUAUGAGUGCAGCGAAUGUGGGAAAUCCUAUCGCCAGAAAUCUGUCCUCAUUCAACACAAGACAGUUCACACUGGAGAAAGGCCAUAUGAGUGCAGUGAAUGUGGGAAAUCUUUUACCCGCAAAAACUACCUCAUUGAACACAGGACCGUUCACACUGGGGAAAGACCUUAUGAGUGCAGUGAAUGCGACAAAUCUUUUCGCCAGAUAUCUGCCCUAAUUCGACAUCAAAGAGUGCACACUGGAGAAAGGCCUUAUGGUUGCAGUGAAUGUGGAAAAUCCUUUUGCCAGUUGUCUGUCCUCCUUCGACAUCAAAGAGUUCACACUGAAGAAGGCCUUAUGAGUGCAGCGAAUGUGGAAAAUCCUUUAUCUACAAAUCUCACCUAAUGCAGCAUGAGACAAUUCAUCACUAAUGAAAUGUCUUAUGUGUGCAGUGAGUGUGGGAAAUCCUUCAGCCAAAGCUCUGUCUUCUGCAUUGGGGAUUUCACAUUGGAGAAAGGUGAUAUGAGUGCAGUGAAUGUGAGAAAUCCUAUCCCCAGAAAUCUGUCCUCAUUCAACUAAAGAGAGUUCACUCUGGAGAAAGGCCUUAUUAGUUCAGUGAAUGUGGGAAAUCCUUUAAUUGAAGCUGUGGCCUCUUUAAAUACAGGAGGGUUCGUGUGCAGUGAAUAUGGCAAAUUUUUUUGUUAUAUUUAACAAUGAAGAGUUUCUAUAGGGCAGAGGCCUCAGAUAUCCAAUAAAUGUGUUUUUCCUUUCUCAGUAUGCUGAUACUGAAGGCUAGUCUUUGAGAAGAGCCUUCUUCUGAUUGCAAUCUUACAUAUCCGAGGAUGUAUGGAUUCCUGUAAGUUUGAGGUAUGUGGGAAGCAUGUGUAGCUAUGUUGUGGUCUCUCAACCUAGCAGUGAUCUUUCCAGAUUGAUUUCAUUGCUAGCUUCUGUGGCUGAAGCCAUUUCAUCUCUACCACCUGGCAGAUCCACAGAGUAUACAUCAGUUACCACCCCAAAGGGCUCAAGGAGGCAGACUUCUUGCAUUUGUUGGAGGAAAUCUUGAGUAACCUGAGCUCUUAGGUGGUUCUCAUUUCCUCCUAUCUCAUUACUUAGUGUAUAGAGCACCCAAGUUUUGGCCCUGGCCCCUGAUCUGAGUUCUGCUGGAGGCUUGCAGAGAUGGACUGCCUUUUUCAGGGACAUUGUUGGUCUCAGGUGAUGCUUCUGAUGAAGUUUGUUCAGUUUCUAAGUCACUAAACCAGGAACUGCCUAUUGCACAUUUUACUGUCUUGGGCAACAAUAAAAGCCUUCAAAGUUGGAAGUUUUAUUCACUGUGAAGUAGUUUGAUAGGAUAAUAGGGCUUUACUAGUUUAACGGAGUAAAUAACUUUUGUGAGGGUCCAGACUUUGUAUGCCCCAGAGGGACAGCAUUGUGAAAAUAUAGCUCUCACUACAUUUUUGUCUAGUUUGCAUUGUUACUAAGGCCUCCUGGGAGAGACUGCAGGGCUUUCUGCUCCUAAUUUUUUGCCCAGAUCCUGGAGGUCUGUGGGAUCAGAGGUCAGUCUGAGGAGGGGGCAGUUGUGAGAAUUUCCAUUGCUUCUGGAGACAACAUGAGGUUUUUCUUGUUCAUUGGGGAGAUCACAUCAUUCCUUGCAAUGUUGAGAAUUCCUUAUUCAGAUCCUACAGUGGAGCUGUGUUUCUUGAAACCUGGAAUUCGAUAGUCUCAUGUCUCUGUAUAAAACUACAGGGACCUGGCGGGGGGCCAUAGUUGAUUUAGAAACAUUGGGUUGAAUAAUAGGGAGUGAAGCAGACUACAGUAAACUAGGUAGAAUGUUCCUUUUCUGAAGAUGCACCCACAAAUGUUCCAGUGACUGUGGCUCAGCAGGAUCAGUGUGUACAGAAAUUUCAGGGCCUUCAGAACUGUGUAUCUUGUAUAGCUUAAGACAGAGAAAAUAAUCUAAGGGUGUUAUGAAUUCCUGUAGCCUUUCUGGCCUGUUUACCUCAAGGAUAUUGCUACCUAGACAAUGAAAAUAGCAUGAAGAGAGGGAAAUUGCUGUCCACAGAUGUGGCUUUUGUGCUUCAGCCAGCAAUCUUAACUCAGGUGGAAAUGGCUUUUAUUGUUCCCCUGUGUUUCCUGCCACUGAGGUAUGGCUGCCCCAACAAUGCAUAGGGGAUUAGAUGGUGAAGACAAUAAUGAUUUACAUAAGUGUAAACUCAUGAAGACAUCAAGGUAAUCAAAAUAAUGAACCUAUCUCACCCACAUAUUUUCAUUGUGCCUUUCUAUAAUCUGUUCCUGAUCCUCCAGGCAACUUUUGAUUUAUAAUCAUUUACAAUUGAUAGCUUUGCAUUUUCUCAACUUUCCAAAUAGUAAUUAUUGAGUGUUUUCUCUUUAAUUUUUACGGUUUUAUUCAUGGUACAUAAUUAGAGCUUCAUACAUGUUGUCUAUGUGUAGAUUUCAUUCUUCUGUGUAGCAUUUUCUUAUAGGGAUAUAUGAUUCUUUCUUUAUCCAUC